UCAACAAAGAACUGUACCAUGAAAAGGCCACAUUGACCAAUGUACAUCAGUUCUUUGAUCGUCUUGUCGCUCUUCAAUAGUACACUUGUUACCGUGAUUACGGCAGAGUUUCGAGUGCUGCAUCGUCGCCAAUAGGGAAAUUCCUUUUCCGAAAAACAUUAUGCCAAGCAAAUACUGGUCGUGGCUGGCGUGCAUCGCUAUCUGUUCGUUACUAUUUGUAGCGAAAACGGAAAAACCUCCCCCGCCAUGGGCCCGAGCAAACGGACUCCAGGGUAGGCUUGAUGGAGAUAUUGUGAUUGAUUCUCUUAUAUUAAAACUGGUUGAGCUAGAGAACAGCACUGAAGCUUACAAGGAUGGGGGAGGAGCGAAAAGAAACAUAGUCCAAGGCGCGGGCUACCUGUGGCCGGGUGGACUGGUGCCUUACGUCAUUCAAUCAACAUUUGACUCAUAUCCUCUGGAAAAACAGACUAUCAAAGCCGCGGUGAAAAAGUUCAACUCGUAUUCUUGCGUCAAGUUCCUACCAAGAACCACCGAGCAAUAUUAUAUCAGCUUUAUCCGGGGAUCCGGAUGUUAUUCACACGUGGGCCGUCGCCAAGUCGCCGCCCAGCCUGUGUCGAUAGGUCCCGGAUGUGCAAAGGUUGGGACGAUACUACACGAGAUGCUUCACGCGGUUGGGUUCUUCCACACUUCCUCUCGACACGACAGGGACGCCUACGUGCACGUGUUUUUAGACAACGUCGUCUCAAGUUAUGAACACAAUUUUUGGAAGUACAAACAGAGCGAAGUCCACCAUCUUGGCGCUCCGUACGAUAAGGAAUCCCUUAUGCACCCGCCGCGUCUCUCCUGGUCACGCAACGGAAAAAGCACAGUCGAGUCGCGACGCAUGCCGAGCGAGGUCCUCGGGCGAGUAGAUGACGUCAUGUCGGACAUUGAUGUCACGCAACUUAAUGCACUCUAUCAGUGCCCGAAUACACGGAAUUGUUUCGCGUGGUUAGGAAUGAUAAACGGUGAAAUCGGUGACUCGCAGAUAAGCGCAUCGUCACACCUACAGUACUACGAACCACACCAGGCUAGGUUACACCUACUCGCCAGCUCUAAAGGCUUCGGUGCAUGGUGUGCAGCUCAGAACCAGGCUCAGAACGAGUGGCUACAGCUUGACUUUGGCACGGUGCGCGAGAUAUGCGGUAUCGCAACACAAGGCAAAGAUGACAUCUUCAGCCCUGCAUGGGUCAGCCACUACACGCUACGGUACAGCAACGACGGCUACUCAUGGGUAGACUACUCUACUGUAUGGUCAUACGGACUGAUUGGCAAUGUAGACUGCAACUCCGUGCAAUACAACUCACUGCCAUCCAAGAUACACGCCCGCUACCUGAGGGUCAUACCCAUCCAUUGGUACCAGGAGAUCUGCAUGAGACUCGAGGUCUAUGGGUGUUAGGGCUGGACAUGGUGAUCCGCAUCCGCCCUUCUAGCUGGAUACCAUAAAAUAAAAGUAUUCACAUUUGUAUUCGGAUCUUUCCCUAGCAACCACCUCAGUUGCAGAUUAAUCAGAUAUAGAGUGUAGGGAGUAGAUUAGGACGUUCAAGGUCACCCUAAUCCAUAGCAUACUGUAUGAGAUUUCUGUGGCAGAUAAAUCAGCCUACGCUUGCUUCUUUGGAUCGGUUUGUUUUCAUAACUGGUUCCCAUUCAACCACUUUAAUUGUAAGACAAAUUAAAGUUAAACGGUAAUAACACAAGGACUCUUGGAUGGCUUUAAAGGACAAGGCAAAUAUUAGAUCCCACAAUCAUACUUUUAACGAGAUGAUACGGACAAAUGGCCCCCACUCUUCACCACCCGCAUUAGCUACCCGCAUUUUCUGCGGUUUAAGCCUAAAGCAAACAAUCAAUAAACGUCAAAAACAUUGGGAA